AUGAAUAAUAUAAUUAAAAGAUUUUAUAAAUGGCCAAUUAGAAUUAAUGAAAUUAAUAAAAAUAAUAAAGAUUUAAUUGGUAAAGAAAUUAAAGUUAAAGGUUGGGUUAGGAAUAUUAGAAAUCAAAAGAGUGUUAGUUUUAUUGAAUUGGGUGAUGGAUCAUCAAUAAAGGGUUUACAGAUUGUGGGAGAUAAAGACAGUUUUUCGAAAUUAAAAUAUGGGUCAUCAAUUGAAGUAAAUGGUAAAUUAAUUAAUAGUUUGGGUAAUGAUAAGGAAGCAAUCGAGGUUCAAUUAACUGAACCAUACAAAUUAAUUGGUAAUUGUCCAGACUGUUAUCCAUUGCAACCAAAGAACCAUUCAUUUGAGUUCCUUAGAGAUAUAGCGCACAUUCGUAGUAGAGGUAAUUCCAUUGGUGCAUUACUUAGAGUUAGAAAUAAGUCAACCCAAUUAAUUCAUCAAUAUUUCAAUGAUAAUGGAUUCAUCAAUGUGCACACGCCCAUUAUCACCGCGAGCGAUUGUGAAGGUGGUGGCGAGCAAUUUCAAAUCAAAUCAUCAUUGGACACCAAAGAGUCCAUGUUUUUCGGACAACCUUCGUUCCUUACAGUGUCGGGCCAAUUGGAGGCAGAGAUCUACGCAUGCUCGCAUUCCAGAGUCUAUACGUUUGGUCCAACUUUUAGAGCAGAGAAAUCAAAUACACCAAGACAUUUAUCAGAAUUUUGGAUGAUAGAACCAGAGAUGGCAUUCAUUGAUUUAAAUGAUAAUUUAGAUAUUGCUGAGGACUUUUGUAAGUAUUUAAUUAGAAAUCUGUUGGAUAGUUGUAAAGAGGAUAUCGAAUUCUUUAAUAAGAGAAUCGACACCAAUCUACUAUCAAGACUUGAAAAAACUUUAUCAACCCCAUUCAUUCGUUUGGAGUAUAAAGAUGCUAUUCAACUAUUACAAAACAAUAAUCAUCCAAUAAAAUGGGGUGACGAUAUUCAAAGAGAACAAGAGAAAUUCAUUACAACUCAUUUUGGCGAAAUUCCAGUUUUCGUAAUCAAUUGGCCAAAAUCAAUUAAACCAUUCUAUAUGAGAGAAAAUGAACAAACCGACCAUUCAAAUAUAAUGCCAACCGUUUCAAAUAUGGAUUUAUUAGUACCAACCGUUGGUGAAUUAAUUGGUGGAAGUAUUAGAGAGGAAAGAUAUGAUAAAUUAUUAAAUACAAUCAAUGAAAUGGGUAUGGAUAAAGAUCAAUACUCUUGGUAUUUAGAUUUAAGGAAAUAUGGUACUGUACCACAUGGUGGUUUUGGUUUAGGUUUUGAAAGAUUUUUACAAUUUGUUACUGGUUUACAAAAUAUAAAAGAUGUAAUUCCAAUUCCAAGACAUCAAAAUUAUUGUAAAUUUUAA